AUGGAGUCCAUAACGUUGGAUAUAGAGCUGUUACAGUUGCCGGAGACAUCACCCAUGUCGAUGAAAUCGAAUCAAGAUUUCGUAAAGAAGCUCUUUGAUCAGUGGCUUGCGCUCCCUGAAACCAAUCGCUUGGUUGCAUCUUUGGUGAAUGAUGUAAAGGCAGGAGUUGCAUUGAAUAAUGUUGUAUGUGGAGGGUCCUCUUCGGCUACAAACUCAGGUUCUAAUAGUCCUUUGGCUACAAUGUUUCCUGCACGCAAUGGACCUCCUCUUUCUCCCAGGAACUCAACUGGUUCCCCUCGCAUCACCAGACAAAGGACCGGACUCUCUAAUCUUAGCUCCCCUCUCAAAGUUGUUUCUGACCAUCUUAAAGAGCUCAUCCCUCAGUUCUACUUUGAAGAUGGUCGCCCACCACCAAACGACCAAAAGGAGCAGUGUAUAGCGAAGAUCAACACUCUCUUCCAUGGCCAUCACGAUGGUUUGCAAUCGCAAGACUUUAAAUUGGUCACUACUGAGAUCUGCAAGCUUCCAUCAUUUUUCUCUACCUCUAUUUUCAAGAAACUUGAUACCAAUAACACUGGUUUUGUGAAAAGAGAAGACUUCAUUGAUUAUUGGGUUAAGGGAAAUAUGUUGACAAAGGAGAUAACAAGUCAGAUAUUUACAAUACUGAAGCAACCAGAUAACAAGUACCUUGUCCAGGAUGAUUUUAAGACUGUGCUCCAAGAACUAUUGGCAACACACCCUGGCCUUGAAUUCUUGCAAGGCACACCUGAGUUUCAGGAUAGAUAUGCUGAAACUGUAAUAUACAGAAUAUAUUACUACGUAAAUAGGAGUGGGAACGGGCAUCUUACGUUGAGAGAGCUUAAGCGAGGAAAUUUAGUUGACGCAAUGCAGCAUGCCGAUGAAGAAGAAGAUAUCAAUAAGGUGUUGAGGUACUUCUCUUAUGAGCAUUUCUAUGUCAUAUACUGCAAAUUCUGGGAGCUGGAUACCGACCAUGAUUUCUUGAUCGACAAAGAGAAUCUCAUCCGGUAUAGUAACCAUGCACUCACAUAUAGGAUUGUCGACCGAAUCUUUUCCCAGGUACCCAGGAAGUUUACUAGUAAAACCGAAGGAAAGAUGGGUUAUGAGGAUUUUGUUUACUUCAUAUUGGCCGAAGAAGACAAGUCAUCAGAACCCAGCCUCGAGUAUUGGUUCAAGUGCAUAGAUUUGGAUGCAAAUGGAGUUUUGACGCGGAACGAGCUGCAAUUCUUUUACGAGGAGCAGCUGCAUAGAAUGGAAUGCAUGGCGCAAGAGGCGGUUCUGUUUGAGGAUAUUCUGUGCCAAUUAUUCGACAUGGUCAAACCAGAGGACGAAGGGUACAUUUGUCUGAAUGAUUUGAAGGGCUCUAAACUUUCUGGAAAUGUUUUCAAUAUACUGUUCAACCUAAACAAGUUUAUGGCAUUUGAAACGCGCGACCCCUUCCUCAUCCGUCAGGAGCGGGCAAAUCCUACAUGGACGGAGUGGGAUCGCUUUGCUCAUAGAGAAUACAUUAGGCUAUCCAUGGAAGAGGACGUUGAAGAUGCUUCUAAUGGAAGUGCUGAAGCAUGGGACGACUCACUUGAGGUCCCCUUUUGA